AUAUAUAUAUAUAGUCCACAGCUACUUUUUCAAGAGAUAUAUUUUUUUGCUUAACAAACUUCAAAGACCUUGGAUACAGUUACACUAGGAUAGGAUUCUGCACAUUUAAUUGGAAAUAAGCACCAGAGUCUUUCUAUUAUUUUUUAAAAUGUUAUACAUAGGAGCAGGGGCUUCCCAUUGAGAAACAGCAGAACGGAACGUUUUGAAGAAUGUUGAGACCAAUUAAGAAGCAGGCCUUGAGAAACGAGCAAGCAGAUGAGGCCACCUACUUAGCACACCUGGCAGCACAGAGAAAUGCUAGUGCCUUCUUUGAGAAGUACGACCGAAGUGAGCUUCAGGAACUGCUGACCACUUCAUUCUGCAGCUGGCUGGCAUCCAAAGACGACAUGCGCCACCCAUUAGAACUUCCCAGUGGCAUUCUGAGUCAGAUGAAAAGCGUCAAUACUUCAAUAGCUAUUGUACUUAUGCCGGUGGAGCCAGGCUUAGAUCUGGACUGUCGAGAAAUUCAUCAAAUGAUCAGAGAGUUGGCCGUGGGCAUUUAUUGCCUGAACCAAAUCCCUUCUAUCAGUCUAGAUGCCAAUUAUGAUCAGAGUACUUCUUGUUCACUCCCUCCAGCGUAUUUUGAUACAAGAAUAGGACAGAUAUUAAUUGCUGUUGACUACAUGUUGAAAGCCCUGUGGCAUGGCGUAUACAUGCCCAAGGAAAAAAGGGUAAGGUUCUCUGAACUUUGGCGCUCCACCAUGGAUAUUGAUCAAGACGGUGUUCCCCAAACAUUAAAAACACCUGCGGCAGAGUUCUGUCAAGCUGAUGACAAAGUUAAAACCGAACGUGAAUUACCCCCAUUUUUGCUUGGAACAGAUUUCAAAUGCCAACAUUUUUUGUAUGCCCAGGAUCAGUAUUUUCAUCUCCAUGGUGGCAUUGAAUUUGAUGUUGGGACGCCUUCAAUUGAAGAUGUUUCCAAAGAGGUUAAGGCUGCCUAUGAUGAAAUGCACACAUGUGCAAUGCAUCAUCUUACUCAACUGCUGGAUCCAGAUGCACCCUACAGAGAACAUUAUCCUAUCCCAGUAAUGGAUUUUGAUGGCAAAAGAUAUUACGUAAUUGGCAUUGAGCUUGAAGCUUUUUAUAUGCUUUUUAAAAGUCAGUGGUGGGGAGCGAUCAAUGAAGUGAUAAGCACCCUUAAACCAAAAAGGCUUCCAUUAAGUGACACGCAAGCAAUGGAACAAUUCAAGAAAAGAUUUGGCUAUAGGAAAGCUAUUAAAUGUUGGGGACCCACAGCUUUACAUCUAGCAGCCCAGUGCGGUUCCCUUGAAGCGCUUCAUUUCCUUCUGGCUUUAAGAGCAGAUUACCAAAUACCCGAUGACCGAGGAUGGUUGCCAAUCCAUUUUGCUGCCUAUUAUGACAACGUGUCCUGUAUCACAGUUCUCUACCGAAAAGACGCACAGCUGAUAGAGGCGGAAACUCAAUCUCUUUGUUCAGUUCUUAACCAAAGGAAUUCACCUUCCUUCUCUGGUACCAUACCCUCAUUAAUCAGAUUGUUGAAGAGCGAAGACAUCAAAUUGGAGUGCCUCACUCUGGGAGUGUUGAGUAACAUCUCCACCCAUGAGUCAAUUGUCAGAGCCUUUGUAGAAGCUGGAGGCAUCCCUGUGUUAAUUAAGCUCUUGUCUGUGGAACAACCCGAAUUGCUGUCUCGUUGUGCAGUGUUUUUAUAUGAUAUUGCCCAGCUGGAUAAUAAUCAAGUCAUCAUCGCUGAACUGCAUGGAAUUCCUGCUCUCAUCAGUCUGUUGGACAAUGACUUACAAGAUCUGCUUGUGAAUGUCAUGAGCUGUAUCCGAGUAUUAUGCAAGAAUAAUAAACAGAAUCAGCUGAAAGUGAAAGAAAUGAAUGGUAUUGAACCACUUGUCCAGUUCUUAGGUUCAGAUUCAGAUGUCCUGGUGGCAGUGGCCUCAGCAGUAAUUGCAGAAAUUUGUCGUGGGAAUAUGAAAAUGCAGAAUGCUAUUGUGGCGGCAAAUGUUAUUGAUCCUCUAAUUCAACUUCUCAGAGGAAGGAAAAUCAGUGUCCAGGUUAAAGGAGCAAUGGCAAUCGAGGCACUCUGUGAAGGGAACGUUAUUAUCCAGAUGAGAUUUCUAGCCAAAUCUGUGACCACGUUCCUCCUGAAGCUCCUCAAGGCCUUUCACUUGAAGGUGAAAGAACAAGGGGCUGUAACCCUCUGGGCCCUAGCCGGACAAACCCUGAAGCAGCAGAAAUUCAUGGCAGAACAGAUUGGAUAUAAUUUAAUUAUAGACAUGCUUCUAUCACCAUCUGAUAAAAUGCAGUGUGUUGGAGGAGAAGCUGUCAUAGCCCUUAGCAAGGACAGUGAAAUUCACCAGAACCAAAUAUGCGAAGGGAAUGGAAUCGCCCCUUUGGUCCGGCUGUUAAGAAGUGGAAGGAUAGCAGAAGGCACCCUCCUUAGUGUGAUCAAAGCCUUAGGCACAAUGUGUAUCGGUGAAGCUCAUAUAAGCAAUCCAAUUAGUCAAGAGAAUGUAGUGGAUGAAGGAGCAUUGCCUAUACUUGUUCAUUUACUUAAAACUCAUCCAUCCCUUCAGAUAAAGGUUGAAGUUGCAUUUUCCUUGGCUUGCAUUGUUCUAAAGAAUAGCAGUCUGCAGACUGUAUUACAAGACAAAGAAGGCUUUAGUUAUCGGGAUGUCCUUAAGCUUUUUCAUGCCCCAGAUAAGAUUGUAGUACUAGCAAAAAUUAUAAUUGAUGUGGAUCAAGUUACUUUGUCUGCAAGAGGAAUUUCUACCUUGGUUGACCUACUAUGUUCAGAAAAAUCAUCCACUUUAGUGUUAACAGGAAAAUUAUUAGCUAGCUUGGCCCACACAAGGGCAGGCAUUCCAGAAGCAAUCACAAGCUUGGGAACUGUCCAACGUCUUUGCUAUCAUUUAUAUGCAAAGGAAGAGGAGCCUGGAGUUAAAUGGAGGACCACCUGCUGUCCCUGUACACAUAAGAGCUGUUCAAAUGAACCAGAUGGAGUAAGGAUCCAGCCCACAAGUACUCCUACUCCUACUUGCAACAUCAUUUGGCUGAACAGUCUGAAAUAUUCUGCAGAUAAUACUGAUAGUAGUAAAAGUGGUGUUUUUGUUUUCUAG